CGUUUUCCAUUUUCCCUUUCCGACAACCCCUUUACCGAAACCACCAUGUCUCAUCAGAGCGGUAUCCAAGUAUCAGAAGAACUAGCCAAAACUUUCGCCGAAGCUGUGGCCGACGGCAAUACCCGUAUCCUUCGCGUCUCCAUCAUCAAUGAAUCCUUGACGCCUAAUGGCUCAACUCCCGUGAAAGGCAAUUUUGAACAAGACUAUGAUGAUAUUACCUCAUUCCUCGAAGACACCACACCUGCUUACAUUCUUAUGCGACUUGAUACGAAAGCCUCCUCAGGAGAAUACGAAUGGCUUCUCGUGACCUAUGUUCCUGAUCAUGCCAAGGUUAGAGAUAAAAUGCUCUAUGCCUCCACUCGAAACACCUUGACAAAAGAGUUGGGCGAUUACCGAUUUACCGAUACGCUCUAUGGUACUCUAUCAUCCGAAGUCUCCUUGGAUGGUUAUCGAAAGCACCAAAAACAUAAAGCUGCCGAGGCACCAUUAACGCAACGAGAACGAGAAUUGGCAGAGAUCAAACAGGCAGAGGCCAAAGCGGUGUCGGAUUAUCAGGGCACCACUACUCGAAAAUCAUACGCACCGGGAGUGGCUUUUCCAGUGACGGAAAAGGCUCAGGAAGCUUUACGCGUGUUAAAUCAAUCCAAAGAAGCACGUGAACAUAAUUUCGUGUCGUUGGUUUUUGAUAAAGAAACCAUUGAUCUUGACACAGCCAGCCAUGUCCCUCGAUCGGAAAUCAAAAACGCAAUUCCUGCCCAUGCUCCUCGAUUCACUUUUUAUGUAUGCGAACACGAAAGUGAUGGCAAUACUCAGGAAUCUAUAGUGUUCGUGUAUACUUGUCCUCCGUCGUCCAAGAUUAGAGAGAAAAUGCUGUAUUCGGCUUCCAGAGCCAAUAUUAUCAAAGCCGCUGAAAGCAUGGCCGAUCUCAAGGUCGUUAAAAAGCUUGAAACGAGUGACCCCACCGAUAUCACAGAGGAAUACUUAUUAGAAGAGUUGGCUCCACCUGUCAGUACGCGUCCAUCGAGUAGUUCAUCUGUCGAUAGCCGCGGCAGCGGUUCCAGUGUCGUUAGUGAUCGUAUUCAAAUGUUGGGUGGAACUAGAGCCGGUGGUUUCAAGCGGCCAGUUCCUCCGGGAAGAAGACGACCGACCGGAAAUCAAUCUUAGACUGUCAAUCGAUGCCAAUAAAGCAUCCAUCAUUCGCUUUAUCGUUAUAAUUAUUCAUCGGCUGUGCACCAGUAGUCUCGAAGAAAAAUGGCGCAUUCGAUCAUCUUUUAUGAGCGAUCACUCAAAAGAAAAAAAAAACAUGAUUGAAAUGAAACCGAUUUGGAGGAACAACAUCAAAACGGUCAAAAUGGGAAAAGAGGAGUUUUACUGAUCUGUUUUAUUUUUAAAAAGUGUGGAGUUUGUUAAAGUCCGG